AUGAGCGAACAGCGAAGGUCUGCCACGGGCUCCUCCACAACAGGUUCCUAUCAACUAAGGCUCAGGAAAAAGAGGACAAAAAGAGAAUGGAAACCAUUGGAGGAUCGAAGUUGCACAGAUUUGCCAUGGUUCCUGCUAUUUACAGUAUUUUGCGUGGGAAUGGGUGGCAUCUGUGGCUAUACCAUCAUCACUGGUGGUGCAGCGAGGCUUGUCUUUGGAUAUGACAGCUACGGGAACACGUGUGGUCAGCGCAACGAAUAUAUAGAAGGAGUUAGACUCAGUGGCCUUGACCAAACGGACAAAAAAUAUGUUUUCUUCCUGGACCCAUGCAACAUAGACAUUGUGCAGAGGAAGAUCAAGUCUAUGGCUCUGUGUGUUUCACAGUGUCCGGAUGAAGAGUUGAAGACCUAUGGGGAUCUGAAGAGGUUUGCCAUGAUCAAUGGGUCUGAACUUUGCUCUUACGAGUUGGCUGGUCAUAAAUACCCUAGUCUCCCAGAGAGGUUUGACAAGUGUCCCAAGCUUCCAGUACCACCAAGUAAGGCUCUGCCAGUCUUUAACCGCUGUACUCCAGUGGAUAUUUCCUGCUAUGCUAAGUUUGCCGAAGCUGUGGUUACCUUUGUCAGCGAUAACAGCAUGUUACAUCGGCUGAUCGCUGGCGUGGCCGCCAGCAAAGAGAUAAUCGUGGGCCUCUGUCUGCUAGCACUAGUGCUUUCCAUGAUUCUCAUGGUGAUUAUACGCUACAUCUCUGCUGUGCUGGUGUGGAUUCUUACCGCUCUUGUGAUUCUGGGUUCACUAGGAGGCACCAGUGUUUUGUGGUGGCUAUAUAUAGAUCACAGACUGACGAUGAACGAGACUGUUGUGAAAGAUGCUAAGGAAGCUACCAAGGAGGAUCUGGAGGCUUCAAAAGAUAAAGUUCAAGGCUUUAUGGUCUACGCUAUUGCAGCAACUGUGUUCACAGUGAUCCUGUUAUUGUUGAUGUUGUUCAUGCGGAAGCGUGUGGCACUAACCAUCGCCCUGUUCCACGUGGCCGGGAAGGUGUUCAUCCACCUGCCCCUGCUGGUGCUCCAGCCCUUCUGCACCUUUCUUGCCCUCUUCCUCUUCUGGAUCUACUGGAUCCUGGUGCUGCUCUUCCUUGGCACCACUGGGAACCCUGUCCAGAAUGAAGAGACCGGUCUGAUUGAGUUCCGGCUGACUGGACCACUGCAAUAUCUGACAUGGUACCACGCUGUGGGGUUGAUCUGGAUCAGUGAGUUCAUCCUUGCCUGUCAGCAGAUGACCGUGGCCGGAGCCGUGGUCACCUACUACUUCACAAGGGAUAAAAACAAACUUCCUCUGACACCUAUACUGUCGUCAGUGCUUCGUCUGAUGCGAUACCACCUGGGCACUGUAGCCAAGGGCUCCUUCAUCAUUACUCUGAUUAAGAUCCCCCGACUCAUCCUCAUGUACAUCCAUAACCAACUCAAAGGAAAGGAAAACGCAUGUGCGCGGUGCAUGCUUAAAGCGUGCAUCUGCUGCCUGUGGUGUUUGGAGAAGUGCCUCAACUAUUUGAAUCAGAACGCGUACGCGGCGACGGCCAUCAACAGCACCAGUUUCUGCACGUCGGCGCGUGACGCCUUUGUGAUCCUGGUGGAGAACGCACUCAGAGUGGCGGCCAUCAACACCGUGGGAGACUUUGUGCUUUUCCUGGGCAAAAUCCUGAUUGUGACAACCACAGCUUUUGCUGGGGUGCUAGCACUGAAUUAUCAGAGAGACUACACAGAAUGGGUGCUACCCCUCAUCAUCGUGUGUCUCUUCGCCUUCUUGGUGGCCCACUGCUUCCUGUCCAUUUUCGAGAUUGUAGUGGAUGUGCUCUUCCUCUGCUUUGCCAUCGACACUAAAUACAAUGACGGCACACCCGGCAAGGAGUUCUACAUGGACAAGGCCCUUAUGGAAUUUGUGGAAAAUAGCAGAAAAUCCGUAGCGACCGUAGAAAGAGGGCGGAGUCGCGUGCGUCGUCAAGAGGAGGCAGAACUGACGGAGAUCAAGGCCAUGGUGAGUGGACAUGGGUGUGAUCCUGGGCCGGAGUGGGAGGCCCUGCAGGAAUUUCACCUGUACUAUCUACUGCUGUGUGUACUGGUAGACUGGGCCCUAUCUGAUCAAGCCCUAGUCUUGUGUCUCAGCCAAGACAUGAUCAUCUUUCUGUCCAUCUGCCUACCCACCUCCACACUCUUCCUGCUGGGCUCUCUGCUUCAACGUCCUUCUGUCUCUGCAUGCUGA